AUGAGAAUUGGUAUUCUUCUUUUGCCUCUUCUCCGUAUUUUUCCCUCUGCCAGCCUCAACUCUUUCAAGGAGUCGGAUUUUGAGCUCAAGAAAGAAGAAACUUCUUGCGUUGAGAGUAAUUCGGGAAAUACAGGCACACAUGGACAUGGCAUCGGUAGCAUUGAUGAUGAUUCUAAUGAAAGAAGUGGUAUAGUACACAGCAGCAAAUUUGGACAUGGCUCAGUUUCUGGAGGUGGACGUGGUGGUGGAGCAACUGGGGCAGCUGACAAUAGUGGUGAUGUACAAGGAGGUGGAGCAGUUGUCCCAGUUAUUGUAGCAGGCGCUGCAAUCAAUCACCGCCCUAACAACCACCACAAUGCUGGCAGCCGCCAUGUGAACUGCAUGGCGCUUCCAACAUUGAUUACGGCCACAAUGGCCGCUCUCAUUGUACAUUAA